UCACCCCCUUCGAGACCCAACGGAAAGGAUGGACGGUCCUGAUUGGACAACAAGCCACCAAGAUCAUCUUCAACCCAUCCGCAUCCCUCCCUCGUAUCGCGACGGGUAUACAGUUCGGUACGUCCAACGGAGCGAGGUACACUGCACGCGCUCGAAAACAGGUCAUCGUUGCUGCGGGUGCUAUCGGAUCUCCUGCUUUCCUCCAGCUUUCCGGUAUAGGCGAUCCGGCCACGUUAUCGCAAUUUGGGAUCAAAUCUGUCGUGAACCUUCCUACUGUUGGGAAGAAUUUACAGGAGCAGAGUCUAACUGCUCAAGGUGCCAGGGGAACGAAUUUAACGUGGGAGGUAGUGGACCAUCGGACGUCAUUGCUUUCCCUAAUAUUUAUCAAUUAUUCGGGAGCAGUGCUCAGACGAUGGUUACGCAUAUCAAAUCGUCCCUGUCCGCUUGGGCUUCCUCUCAAGCUAGCAAUGCUCUUUCUGCGUCUGCUUUGCAGAAGAUCUACCAAAUUCAGGCUAACCUUAUCAUCAACAACAACGCACCUGUUGCUGAGAUUUUCUCCGAUACUGGAUAUCCUGAUAAAGUUGGAACCGUAAACUGGCCAUUGCUUCCCUUCUCCCGUGGUAACGUCAGGAUUACGUCAAACAAUCCUUUCGUGAAGCCACAGACGACCGUCAAUUGGUUCGCCAUCGACUUUGACUUGAGCGUCCAAGUUGCCAUCGGUCGCUUCGUUCGUCGACUCUUCCAAACUCUCCCUCUCAGGCGAAUCUUCACCUGGUUUGCCGUCGUACCCGAUGAUGCCCAGCAUGGGUCGGAUGCGGCGUGCCAUCCUAUCGCCACAUGUGCCAUGAUGGAUCGAGCGUUGGGAGGUGUUGUCGAUGGUCAUUUAUUGGUGUAUGAUACGAAGAACGUUCGUGUCGUUGAUGCAUCGGUCCUUCCUCUUCAAGUGAGCGCACAUUUGUCGAGUACGAUAUAUGGAAUUGCGGAGAAAGCUGCGGAUAUCAUCAAAGCUGCCCAUGAUCGCCAACU